UUUUUUUCAUUUCUUGUGAAUUGUGAUCCAUAGGAAUAUAAGAUAUUUCGAACUAUAAUUUCUUGUGAGACAAGACACAGAAAAAAAAAAACGAAGAAAAUAAAUAGUGACGCCCCCCAAAAAAAAGACACAAAUUGGAAAUUGAUAAGUUCGUUUCUUCUCCACCGAGCCAAUAGCCGAACUCAAAACUAUAAAAAAAGGGAAGAACAAAAAAAACCAAAAUAAAACAGGGAGAAAACCUAAUUAUACUUCUCUCUCCCAAUUUUCAACAAUCUCUGAAAUUCCAUUGUAUUUUUGUAAGCUCUACUCAGAUAUUCAGAGAGUCUGAGAUAUAUUAAAGCCAAAUAUGGCUGCAAGAAUACUCGCCCAAGUUCUUGUGAUGGGUUCUGGGAUGUUAGUUCGGGCCGUUGCUCAAGCUUACCGUCAAGCUAUUGUUAAUGCAUCUAAAACUGGUACUGCGCAAGAAGCAAUGCAGAACACAGUUCGUAAAGCAAGUCGGGCUCUCACAGAGCAAGAAGCAAGACAGAUUCUUGGAGUCCCUGAAAAUGCCGCCUGGGAGGAAAUUGUGAAAAAGUACGACGUUUUAUUUGAGAGGAAUGCUAAGCAAGGGAGCUUUUACCUUCAAUCAAAGGUCCAUAGAGCAAAGGAACAGCUGGAGAGUGUAUAUCAAAACAAAGGUCCAUAGAGCAAAGGAACAGCUGGAGAGUGUAUAUCAAAACAAAGGUCAGGGUUAUUCUUGUUAAAAAAGCUUGGUUGGAUCUUCAUUCCGCAGACAGUGCUGCUUUGCCUUAACAUAGAAUAUUUUUAGUUAGAAUGGUAUUGUUUGAGCAACAUUCAUUCUUUCUUGUAACUAGUGUGCCAUUGCGCCUUCAAUCUGAAUAUCUGUGGCUACUUGUUGCAUAAAAAUUUUGAGAGUAGUUGCUUCCGAGUGGCCAAAAUAAUGUAUGCACGAUCUAUUUUUUUCUCAUUAAAAGUUUACAAAUGAUGUCUUAUUAUUU